UUCCCUUUGAAGUCUUGGCAUCUUAGAACUCUAAAUGAGAUGUAUCAGUUGAUAAUAAUAAGAAAACAAAGAAAAAGGUAAGACGAAGAUAGAGGGAUACAGCGAUUUGUGUGUGCUUGGUUACUUAAUAAUUCAACAGGUACAAUUUCAGUAAAGGGAGUAAAUUACAGCAGAAAGAUGAGAAAGGAACGGAAGUGUGUGCCUUUUGGAAUUGUUAACGGCUCAUAACAUUAGUCAUAUUUUUAAAAUGGCUUAAAACCUUUUGAAAUGGAAAAAAUCCAAGAAAAUAGAUAAAUAGGAAUACUUGAUUGUGAAGGUUGCCGCAUCAGAUAUUAAUUUUUUCAACUUUAUGUGUAAUUAUGGAUUUUUGGGGGUUGUAGGGUGUCAUUAGUUGCAGUUUUAGUUCUCGCAACAUAGUGCUUUUUACUGUUGCUGAUUGGUUCUUGAUAUGUUAAGCACCUAUGUUGCGCGGACUCUCCAAAAUGCUGCGGCACCUGUGUCGGAUCCUCCAAAAAUGCACUACUUUUGGAGGAUCUGUUACGUACCUGGAGACAUUUUCGGAGAGUCCGAGCAACAUAGUUAAGCACUGGUUACAGUCAGUGGGCUUGAUUUGGAGUCCUCCCUGAUUUUCCACUUAAGCUCGAACUAAACAUUCUGCAUGAAUUGUGACCACCUCUCAUUUGGUAUGCUACUUAUAUUAAAGGGGUUGAAUGGCUUCUAGUUGGCUUCUCUAGCAUCAAAUUUCCCUGUUACGCUACUAGAAAAUCUGAUAUCCCUACUGAAAAUGAGACAGAUUUUACAUGUUUCGGAUAUUGAAGAGCGGGAGAGAAAAAUGAUGGGAGACAGUCCCUUAAUAAUUUUGGGGUUCAAGACGCAGCAGGUUUACUGCGUACGUGAUAAACUUGGUUCAAUUAAAGAAGGAGGAAAGGAUACAAUACACACUGUACACUAUGCUUGGGCUAUGCAACUCGGGGAAGACCGCGUAUGGAGGCUUAGAGAGAUGCAACAAUUUGGUGUUGCAGCCCUUAUCUGAUCAAAACUUUUGCUUCAUCAAAGGAGUGAAUAAUGUUGCUCCCCACGCCUUUGUUCAUGAUUUGGCACUGAUUUGUACAGAAUUUCUUAUUGCAAUAAAUAUAGAAGCAUAUACAUUAUACAAUUAUUAUA